CUCUCUUGUCAGUAAACAGUCGUGGAUUGUCUAGGACAAACCUACAAAAUCACAAGAUACAGGCUUACUCAUCGCUAAUAUGAAGGGCCUGCUAGCUUUCAACAUGAUCUAUCACGGAAAUGUUAAAAAACAAGAAGUCCAUUAAGCAGUCAUCAUUAUCUUCCUCUGACGACAUGGUGGCUCACUCCCCCCUGAGAUCCCCCACUGAGGUUAACAAACUCCUGUGGUACACCUUCAAUACACUAGUGGACUCGCAUGACGGCACCGCCCACAUUUCAACGCUAAAGGUCCUGAUUUCAAGUCUCGGUAGAGUUCUGGGGUUUGAAAAAUCGGAAGAGCUUCUGAAUAUUGAGGGACGGAAUAAUAUCGACUUUCCUUUGCUGUGUAAAAUAAUAGAUAAAGAACUUCUACAAGUCAAUUCCAAUACUCCCCCAAAAGGAAAUGCCGAGGACCCUUCUGAACUAUAUAGAGUCUGUUGGAAUAUUUACUAUGAUCAUCACUACACAAAGUCCGAAUUCAAUCUUUACAAGUCUGAUGAACAAAAUCUAUUUAAAAUGUGGAUGAUAUUCAUCUUGCUGUCUGAAGAUGAUGAAAAUGGUAUUCCAAAUGGACCACCGGUCAUCGAUCGUGAGGAAAUGGGAAUCCUUUUCCGGUCCUUUGUAUCGAUAUCCGGACUCGCUGAAUUAGAGGACAAGAUUCAAGAAGUAGAAACUGCAACAGGGAAUUUGAAAUUCAUUGAAUUUAAGGAUGUAUUCAUUGGCUUGUUUGGCUCGAAACUUGCAGAAAAUGAUUUGAAAUUUUACCUCACAAAAAUUUACGAGUUAUACAUCGAUGACAUUUUUCAAAAGGGCAUGCUCUGUAAGAGAGGUCAUCAGGUGAAGAGCUGGAAAGAUCGCUGGUUUGUCCUCAGAAAGAAGACUCUGAAAUACUUCCCUAAUUCACAAGAGAAGGAACUCAAAGGCUGCAUUAACAUUGUCAAGGACUGCAGAAUAGAGGUUGUGUCAGAUAAGGGUGGAUCAAAGCCAAACCGAUUCAUCAUCCAUACUAGUUCCAAACCUUACGAGUGUAGUGCUGCUGACACCCGUACACGGUCAGAAUGGGUCACGGUAUUAAAUCUCGCCAUCAAUAAAUGCGAGGACCCUGAAUUUCACUACCACAAGCACCAAUCCAAACAGAGACAAGCGCGAAGACGGGAAAAAAGGAAACGUGAGGAGGAGGAAGUGAAAAAGAGGCUGGAGGACGAGGAAACCCUCCGGCGUCUACAGGAGGAGUACACUGAGCGUCAUCGACAGGAUGAAAUGCGUCUUCGGGAACAAAUGGAAGCAUUGGAAGCUGAAAAACUCGCCCGAGAGGAUUUAGAGUCACGGUUGCUGAAGGAGGCAGCAUUACGUGAAGUGGAGAAACGUCGCCUGCGAGAGCUAGAGGAAGUCAAGAGAGAACUGCAGCGCCUUCUAGAGGAAGAGCGGCAAGCAAAGCGAGAUGAGGAAAUAGUCCGCCAGUUACAAGCAAAUCUGUUGGAGGAGGAGUCCCAGAAGCGAGCAGAACUAGAAAGACUGCGCCAGGAGCAGGAGGAAUUACUUCGUCAAGAACGACAGGAACGGGAGGGUCUGGAGGGGCUGAAGGAGAAACAGGAACAGAACCUGAGGGAGGCCCAGGAAAGGUUACAACAGCUAGAGAUUGAAAGAGAGGCCGCCAAUGCUUAUCUACAGGAAGCAACAAGUAAGCUAGAGAAAGCUGAGAAGGACCGUACAAUUGCUGAAGCCAAAAUGAAACUAUGGAAAACACCGACAAUAGGUCUUGCUCGUCCAGUACUUCCAAAAACUGAUCCAUUUGUGACACACCGUGGGGAGGGGGCAUUUUGCGAUAAGGAUUUUUCAAAGAAAGAUGGAGAAAAAAGUGAUCAUCAAGAAAACAAAGAAAUUGAGAAUGAAAUGGUCAUACAUAAGCCUGAGCGAAAAAACAAAAACGUAAAAUCUGACAAAAAUGUGAAAAUGGAAAGAAAUGGUGAUAGUAACUCAAACACAAGCAGAAACCUAGAUACAAUACAUAAUGGAGACACGAGCAAUACAAAUCCUGAGAAAUUCCGUGAUAGUGCUUCAUCUGAUAAGGAGAACCUGGCAUUGGAAAAUCAAGUCAACCAACACCCUGACGAGGGCCUGGAAACAGAGCUUAAGAUCACCGAGUAAUUCAAACUCCAGCAUUCAGACUCUAUCAAUACCCUGUCAGGAAUGACAUAACAUUUUUAAUUU